AUGGAGCUCAACUGGAAACCCCGCCGUGGUGAUGAACGAGACAUCCUCGAGCCUUACGCCUACAAUCCCGAGACUGGAGUUCACACCAGCAUGGUUGAUGACACCAAGUAUGCAAUGACUGGAUACGAAGACUACGCCAUCAUGGCCCUUGAAAACCCCUUUGACAUCGGUGGUGAACUCCUCGUGCCCAACAUUUACGGUUGCCCUCUUCCUGUGUCUGGUAUGAGCGACCUGUUUGACGAAAGUGAACAUGAGAUCGUCUUCCACGCAAUGGACUUGGACCUGGACCCCCUCGACCCCAUCAACCAUCUCCCCCCUCCUCCUAGCCCCUCCGGCUGCUCCGAUGUCUUCGCCCCCUUUGAGGAGUGGAUCCAGACACUGAUUCCCGAGGGUCUGAACGUGGAGGAUGAUGUGGACGAUUUGCCCUGCCUCCAAUUGACUGAGCACGUCGAGGAAGGUCAGAUGGUGGCCAUGACCCGCCAAUUGACCCUGGACCCUUCGGUCGACUCGGGGGCCGCCUCUCCCGCCCAGUCCACCUCGGAUCUCUCCGAGAUCAAUGUUGGCGGCCACAAGCAGAAGCUGCUCUGGGGGGAGAGCGGCCUGCUGGGGCUGAAGGAGGAUGUCCCCUCGAGCGGUGCCCGUGGCAAGCCGGGGCUGAUCCGGGGAAUGACCAAGAAGCUGAAGCACCAGCUUGCAGAGUUUGUCGACGAAUCCAACAAAGGGUUCAAGCGCAAGUCGUCGUUCUCUGCCGCCCCUGCUUAUGCGCCUGGAAGCUCGGCCGCCGCCCUCGUCACCUCCCUGGACUCCAUGCUCCAGGCCAAGCUUUACUCGGAGCUUGAAGUCAUGAUUUGCAACACUGCAAAUGGCUUCAUCCUCCAGCAGUACUACGAUGGACGCAUCUCCCAGCAAUCCAUCGACAAGGUCAAUGUGGCCUGGAACGCCAAGAACAACCACCAUGUGGUUGAGUUCCGCUACGACCAAGCGACCCAGCGCGAGCUCAUCGUGACCAACCGUCGCAACAUCGAGUUCACCGGCGACUCCUCCCGGUUCCCAAUUUGCCUGCAGACCAAUCUGCACAAUUGGAAGAAGAUCGCUCACGAGAUGAGCAUCCGCACCUUCUGCUUGCCGGAUUGCGCGAUCCGCAAGCACAUCUACGAUAUUCACAAGAUCAUCGACAUGAUGAACCCCUCUCUGGAGACUCUUCAUGCCUUCCAAGAUGUCACCUCUGAGGCCCAGGUCAAGAUGCUCGACAAGGAGACCGCCACCCGCCGCCAGAGCGAGACCCGCAUGAAGCGAGGCUUCUAA